AUGCCUACCCGCUUAAAGAAGACUCGCCAUCAGCGCGGCUCCACGUUCUGCGGCUAUGGCCGUGUCGGCAAGCACCGCAAGCAUCCCUCUGGCCGCGGUAACGCCGGUGGUCAGCACCACCACCGCAUCAACUUUGACAAGUACCACCCCGGAUACUUCGGCAAGUGCGGCAUGAACCACUACCACGUCAAGAAGAACGCCAUGUGGAAGCCGACGAUCAACCUGAACAACAUCACCAAGCUGAUUUCGAGGGACGAGACCCUGAAGGCGAAGAAGGGCGAGGCUCUUCCCGUCGUUGACCUGCUGGCCAGUGGCUACUCGAAGCUGCUCGGCGGUGGCCACCUGCAGGCUCCCUGCAUCGUGAAGGCUCGCUGGGUGAGCAAGCUGGCUGACAAGAAGAUCCGUAAGGCUGGCGGAGCUGUUGUGCUUCAGGCAUAA